CAUUAUUUCCGUGUUGUGGAGCUGUCAGCAGGCUGGCCGAUCACCGGAGACGAAAAAACCCAAAGACGAAGAGAAGAUGAAGAACAAAGUCAGCAGCACUCAAGUGAGUGUGAAGAGGCGAUCCUGGUCUUGGCAGCAGUACCUGAACGAACAGAAAGCUGAAGCUGCACCUCUCUCGCUGUUUACACAGUCCCAGUCCUUUCCCAGCAGGAGAACUGGUUUUAAAGUCGGGAUGAAGCUCGAGGGCGUUGACCCACUACAUCCCUCCCUCUUCUGUGUGCUGACGGUCGCCGAGGUGAUUGGCUGUCGGCUCCGUCUCCACAUUGACGGCUACUCCGAGUGCUAUGACUUCUGGGUAAACGCUGACUCAGCACACAUCAGACCAACAGGCUGGUGCAAAGACACCAACCACAGGCUCCACCCACCCAAAGGUCACAGUGAGACAGAUUUUGACUGGCAGCUCUACCUUCAGUCCACAGGCUCUCAUGCUGCUCCUCCGAACCUGUUCACCGAUCGCACUGCAAGCUGUGAGUUCAGCGUUGGGAUGAAGUUGGAGGCUGUUGACAGGAAGAACCCCGGACUGGUCUGCGUCGCCUCCGUCGCCGAUGUCAUCGAUGACCACUUCCUGGUUCACUUCGACAACUGGGACGACUCGUACGACUACUGGUGUGACAGCAGCAGUCCGUACAUCCAUCCUGUGGGCUGGUGUGAACAGCAGGGACGCCCUCUCACUGCUCCACAGGGUCACCCAAACCCAGAGAACUUCCUGUGGGAGGAAUACCUGCAGGAAACGGGAUCCAUCGCUGCUCCCAACACAGCCUUCACCCUGAGAGCUCCCCACGGUUUCCAGGUCAACCAGAAACUGGAAGCGGUGGAUCGGAGAAACCCGAUGUUGAUCCGCGUCGCCACAGUGACGGAAACAGAAGACUACAGGCUGAAGGUGCACUAUGACGGCUGGUCACAGCAGUUUGACGUCUGGAGCGACAGCGACCUCGCCGACCUUCAUCCAGUCGGCUGGAGUCAACGCACGGGACACCCACUGGAGCCCCCCCCAGGCUCCGCCCCCCUGUCAUCAGGCUCCUCCCCCUCCCAGGGCGUGUGUCCAACUCCGGGCUGCAGAGGCGUCGGACACAUUAAAGGAGCCAAAUACACCGGCCACCACAGUGCCUUCGGCUGUCCGUACUCAGACAUUAACAUGCGUAAGGAGGUGCUGCUUCCUGAUAGGCUGGGAGGAGAGAGAGCCGUUAACAUGGGUCACCACGGCAACCAGUCAGACAGGAGAAGUGUUCAGGUGAAGAUGGAGCCCAGAGACGAGAGUCUGAUGCUUCCUCUGGGGAAGAGGAAAAGACUGACAGACAGACUGUCCCAACCAACCAGAUACGUCCGUGUGAAACAGGAAGAGGAGGAGCUUCAGGUGUCAUCCCCCGGCCCAGCAGAGUCCCAUCUGCAGGCCGCCCUGCACCAGUCUGUCUUCCUGUCGGCCAUGUCGGCUCAGCCCGGCCGUGACCUGUCUCUCUGCUGGGAGCAGCACCGCAAACUGCUGCCGGGCGCCGCUGGCGUUACCGCGGAGACGGUUAGACACUGGAGCAUCCAGCAGGUGUGUGACUUCGUCCAGUCUCUCCCCGGCUGUGAGGAUCAGGCACAACAGUUCAGAGACGAGCACAUCGAUGGGCGGGCCUUCCUCCUGCUCACCCAGCGGGACAUCGUCCGGAUCAUGGCCAUCAAACUCGGCCCCGCCCUCAAAAUAUACAACUGCAUCCUGAUGUUCAAACACGCAGAGGAAACUGACCAAUCACACGCAGAGGACCAAUCACGCGCUGAGGAAAGGAACCAAUCACACAUCGAGGACCAAUCACACGCCGAGGACCAAUCACACGCCGAGGACCAGUCACACGCCGAGGACCAAUCACACGCUGAGAAAAGGAACCAAUCACACGCUGAGGACCAAUCACACGCUGAGGACCAAUCACACGCCGAGGACCAAUCACACGCCGAGGACCAAUCACACGCCGAGGACCAAUCACACGCUGAGAAAAGGAACCAAUCACACGCUGAGGACCAAUCACACGCCGAGGACCAAUCACACGCUAAUGACAAAUCACAUGCUGAGGACCAAUCACACGCUGAGGAAAGGAACCAAUCACACGUCUCCGUUCUGUGGGAGGGUCUUCAUUUUCCAUCCAGUCAUCAAUCAGAUUUAAAUUUCUGAUCUAUGAUCUCAGGAAUUUCCUCUCAGCGAACCGUCAAAACUUUCUAAGCUGCCGACCCCAAAAACUGAGUUUUAUGAAGACAGAAGUGGAAACAGACGAGAGGACUCAGCAGAGAGACACUAAGAUAACGUUAUGUCCAACGUUAGGUUUGUUAGCUUAACUUUCAGAAACAUAGUUAGACUAAAACUAACAUUUGGAUGUUUGACUUGGUAACUAAAUGCUGCAAACGUAACAUUGAGAGUAGGAAGCCUUGUGCUCUGUCUCUUUAAGAGGCUGUUUGCCUGCGUAAACAGCAGGUUUGAACGUGCUUGAAUAAAUGUUUUUUGCUACGUUUUGUCGGGGUGAACGUGCCCCAGAUGUUCCUGUCAGCAGGUAUAUGUGUCGUUCCUCCCAAAUAAGAAAAGGAGACAAACAGAGAGUUUGUUGGGUAGGAUUGGGUACUGAAUCCCAGUGUCCAUAUGGCCCUGGUUCCUAAAGGCCCGGUAUCUACCGGUAUCUACCGGUAUCUACCGGUAUCUACUGCGCUGCCAGAAAAGCUAUCACAGAACACCCAAAUGAUACCCAACCCUAUUCUGUCACAUUACCUGAGAAAUAACUACGAGAGCUACCCCCUCCCAAACGAGAACUACACCCCUCCCAAACUAGAGCUACCCCCUCCCAAACGAGAGAUACACCCCUCCCAAAUGAGAACUACACCCCUCCCAAA